GCCGUAUGAGGCAGUGGGGCACCUGUACGGCGGCCGCAUCCUCCGCAUCGUGAGGGGUCUGAGAACCAGCUAUGGCUGCCAAAGAUCAUCCAUCACUGUGGGGCUUUGGAACAACAAAAACAUUCAAAAUUCCCAUUGAACACUUGGAUUUCAAGUAUAUUGAAAAGUGUUCAGACGUUAAACACUUGGAAAAAAUUCUUUGUGUGCUUAGGUCUGGUGAGGAAGGAUAUUAUCCUGAACUUACAGAAUUUUGUGAAAAGCGCCUUAAAGCAUUGGCUCCUCAAAGUAGAGCUUUGAGGAAAGAUAAACCUGCAGCGACAGCAUCCAGUUUCACAGCAGGAGAAUGGGAAAAGAUCGAUGGUGAUAUAAAGAGUUGGGUAUCAGAAAUUAAAAAGGAAGAAAAUAAAAUACACUCUCAUGAAACUGGAACGUUUCCAGAAAAGGAAGAAAAUCUGCCUCCAGUUCGUGGUUCAAACAGCUGUCUUCGUGUUGCCAAAGAAAAAUGUUCUAAAGGUAGACCAGCUAAAAAGAACAUUCCAAGGGAUUAUGCAGAGUGGGAUAAAUUUGAUGUGGAAAAGGAAUGUUCAAAAAUUGAUGAAGAUGGCAAAGAAAAACCUCUGGUAAACAACAAGGGACAUUUGUCUAAAAUUGAGACAAGAUUAGACACAGCAGGUCUAACUGAGAAGGAAAAGGAUUUCCUUGCUACUCGUGAAAAGGAAAAAGGAAAUGAAGCUUUCAACUCAGGAGAUUACGAAGAAGCUGUGAAAUAUUACACAAGGAGCCUAUCGGUGCUUCCCACCGUAGUGGCCUAUAAUAACCGAGCUCAAGCAGAACUCAAACUCCAGAACUGGAACAGUGCUUUUCAGGAUUGUGAAAAGGUCUUGGAGUUAGAACCUGGAAACGUAAAGGCUCUUCUGCGCCGUGCCACUACAUAUAAACAUCAAAACAAACUCCCAGAAGCAGUAGAAGAUUUGAGUAAAGUACUGGAUAUUGAGCCUGAUAAUGAGUUGGCCAAAAAAGCCUUGUCAGAGGUUGAAAGAGAUCUGAAAAACUCUGCAGCUGCAUCUAAGACUCAAACCAAGGGGAAAAGGAUGGUGAUUCAGGAAGUGGAGAACUCGGAGGAUGAAAAUGGAAAGGACAGUGAAAGAAGACAUGAAGAUGGCAGUGGAGAUAAGAAGACUGCGGAGCCGGCGGGAGCCGCGCUUGCCCCAGAGCCGCGCGCCAUGGGCAACAUCCAGAAGAAGCUGACGGGCAAAAGCGAGGCCGGCAAGCGGCCGGAGAAGGGCGCGCCGCGGCGGAGUCGCACGCUAGGGGCCGGCUCGGACAAGCGGGGCCGCCCGCGGGCCCCGGCGACCGCGGCCGGCGCCAAUGGGCACCCGGGCGGCGGCAGGGGCUCCCGGGGACCGGUCCGGGCCGACGCGUCCCCUGGGCCCUGCGCGUCGCCUCCCGCCCCCGCCUCCCCGGGCGGCCCAUCCGGCCUGAAGUGUCAGGGCAACGAGCUGUUCAAAACCGGACAGUUCGCCGAGGCGGCGCGCAAGUACUCGGCGGCGAUAGCGCAGCUGGAGCCAGCAGGAAGUGGAAGUGCAGAUGAUCUAAGUAUCUUAUAUUCAAAUAGAGCAGCAUGUUACCUAAAGGAAGGAAACUGCAGUGGCUGCAUUCAAGACUGUAACAGGGCUCUGGAACUUCAUCCAUUCUCAGUUAAACCUCUUCUUCGACGAGCAAUGGCAUAUGAAACUUUAGAGCAGUAUCAGAAAGCUUAUGUGGAUUAUAAAACAGUGUUGCAAAUAGACUGCGGAAUCCAGAUAGCAAAUGACAGUAUUAACAGAAUAACAAGAAUUUUAAUGGAUCUGGAUGGACCACGCUGGCGGGAGAAGCUGUCACCCAUACCCUCUGUGCCUGCUUCUGCGCAGUUGCGAGCGUGGCGGCCUGCAGCAGAGAGGCCCCCGGCCCAAGUCGGGGGUUCCUGCAGACACCACCAGCCGGGCAUCCCAGAUGAAAAAAUGUUUACAACCCUUAAAGAAGAAGGAAAUCAAUGUGUAAAAGACAAAAACUAUAAAGAUGCUCUUAGUAAAUACAGUGAAUGCUUAAAUAUUAACAAUAAGGAGUGUGCCAUUUAUACAAACAGAGCUCUGUGUUACUUGAAGCUGUGCCAGUUUGAAGAGGCAAAGCAAGACUGUGAUCAGGCGCUUCAGAUAGAUAACGGGAACGUGAAAGCGUACUAUAGACGAGCUCUGGCUCAUAAAGGACUCCAGGAUUAUGAGAAAAGCAUAAAUGAUCUCAAUAAAGUUCUCCUGCUAGACUCAAAUAUUGUCGAGGCAAAGACGGAACUGGAAGAGGUAACCAGAUUCCUUAAUGUGAAGGAUAAAACAGCAUCGUUCAGCAAAGAAAAGGAGAGAAGGAAAAUUGAGAUUCAAGAGGUGAACGACAGCCGCGACGAGCUGGAGGGGCCCCCUGAGGAGGUGAGCUCCGGCCGCCAUGCUUUGGACAAGGGCGACACCAGCCGCGGGCCGCCGGGGUACCGUGAGAAGCUGCCCGUCACCAAGCCCAACAACGCCUAUGAAUUUGGCCAGGUUGUAAAUGCUGUCAGUUCCAGGAAAGAUGAAGAGGCCUGCGCACAUCUUUUAGCCAUGACUGAACCGAAAGAUUUGCCAGCGUUGUUGAGUAACAAACUGGACGGGGAUAUGUUCUUCUUCCUCAUUCAGUCUCUGAAAAAUGAGCUUCUUGAUAAAGAUCCCUCACUGGUGUAUCAGCAUCUUCUAUAUCUGAGUAAAGCAGAGAGGUUUAAGAUGAUGUUGACACUAAUUAGCAAGGGCCAGAAGGAACAACUUGAACAGCUUAUCGAUGCCCUCUCAGAUACCGCAAACGAACCUUUCACUUUAGAAGACAUCCAGGCCCUGAAAAGGCAGUAUGAGCUGUAAAUCCCAAUUACUGUUUGGUUUCCUCCAUGCUGUACGGGUUCUAGUAAUGCUGGUGAGACGGUCCUGUGAUGCAGCAGCACAGAAAAAACCUUGCUUGGAAAAGACCCCUGGGCCUGGACUAUAAAUAUUUUACUUAUUUUUAUACAUAGAACAUGUAUAGUCUACAGUCUGCUUUAUAUUAGUUGUAAAUAUUUUCUUAUGUACCAGAGCUAACAUCUUUAUAUUUCAUAAGUAUAUUUGGAACUUUUAAGAUGCAUUUUAAUUUAUAUCAUACAUUGUCUUUUAAUAACUUGUUAAAAAUUUGAGUUAAAUUACAUUUCUUUGGACUUUGAAGGAGUCCACUUAAGUUUGACAGAUAUGUAUUCCUUUAAAAUGAAUCUUAAUAAGUGAAAGUCAUUAACAGUGGUUACUAUAUCACCUUUACUUCCUGCUAACAUAUGUAAAUCCCAUUUUAUACUACUUGUGCAUUAUAGUCUGCUAAGACAAAAUGCAGUACUUAAAUCCACAAUGUGAAAUGGUUAUUAAAUAAAUUGUGAUGAUCCAUUUAGAGCUGUAAGAGGAACUUAUUUUUUCUAAUAUGGAACAUUGCCUAAUAAUUAACAAAAAUUGCCAAAAAUGUCUACCAUUUUUUACUAGACUUUUGAAAAGCUACUUUCCCUUAUAAAUGGCUUAUAUAAGUGGUAACAAAACAAUAUAUAUAAAAGCAAACUAAGCCUUUAUUUGUUUGAAUUGUCAUACCCAUAUUUUCCUAAAUAUUCAAAUGCCUUAUUCCCCACUUUUUAUGCCUGUUUUAAGUAUGACCAUAUUUAUUCCCUUAAUAUAAAAGGGAAAGUAAAGAAUUCAUCAUAUUGAAGCUCCUUUGUAAUUGAGUUAGAGAGAAGGCAUUUCUUAAGAUACUUGGGUUCCUAUCAGUAUACUAUCACAUUUAUUCCUUUAGUCUUUAGUCAAUUCUCUUUUUCUGGAGCAUUUUCUUAUUCUUUAGAAGUGAAGAUGAAAGAUGAAUAUGACUUUUAUUAUUUUAAUUCUUAUUGUUUUAUCUAAUUUUUAAAAUAAUUUUAGAAUAUUUUAAAUAUCAUUGUGGGUAAAUGGUACCUUUCAAAGUAUGCCAUUUUUCUUUUAAAUUCUUCUUUGUUCAUAAAUGAAAAUCAGCUGUAAUAGUAUUUAAUUCUAGUCUGCCAGCAAACAAAAUAGUUUUG